AUGAAGCACUCGCGCGAAGCCAAAAAACCAGCAGACGAAAACAUUGAGCACUUUCAGCGCCUGAGGAGCCGGAGACUAAGCAUACGACACAGAGAUGAACUGAGUAACUCUCCCGAGUCAAUUCACGGGCAGCUGGGUCAAAGAUCCCCAGAAGCCGUGUCAUCGCAGCAGGCAGAUUCAGGCUCAGGGAGAAGACGAGUCUCUGCCCCCGAAAGAAUCCAUCGCGUGCCUCAUGAGAAGAAACCCAACUGCACUGAUGCUAAGACGACGCCAAAAAUAGCCAGGGUACCCGUGCCAGAGAGAUCAGAAGCAAGAGAUUCUGCAGGGGAUACCAUUCCUCUCGUUCGAACGAUUCCAUGGGAUCUACCGGAACAAACGGAUAAAAGUCAGAUUUUACCUGCUACCUAUGAGCCAGCACAUAUGUUGCGGCAAAACGCCGAGUAUUUUGACGCCGACCAGGAUGGAAUUAUCUGGCCGAGGGAUACGUAUAAGGGGUACAGGAAAUUAGGAUGGGGAAUUACGUACUCGUGUUUGGUUGCGUCUAUCCUCCAUUCAAUCCUCUCAUAUCCUACCAGGGAUAGUUUUACCCCCGACCCGUUACUCCGAAUUCGUUACGACAGUAAUAGCAACGGCAAGCAUAGUAUUGGCAAAGCCUCUUACGAUGAAAAGGGGCAGGUCAGGGGUAAUCAAGUUUAUGAGAACAUCUUGGCUAAAUACGACCAGAACAGCAAAGGGGGUAUGGAUAUCCGGGACAUCCUACGUUUCUGGAAAGACCAGAGAUCCGUAUCUACUUUCCACGACUGGAGCCUCAAUAUCUUAGAAUGGUCGGCUCUCUAUCUUGCACUUCGACGCCAUAACGGUAUCGUAGGCAGUGAAGACAUCCGCAUGGCCUUUGACGGGAGCGUCCUGUUCAAACGAUCCGAGGAGCGACAGCGAAAAAAUGAGACACAUCAUAAGCAUAUCGGAAGCGUUACAAGAAAUGGGGAUAUAAGUAGAAUCGAGAAACAAAUCGAUCCAGUGAAGCUUGCCGUGGCAAUCGUCGUCGGGCUGGCUAUUCUUGUGUGGAUUUUUCUGGGUUCAUACAGUGACCCUUCAGGCUGGGAAAAAUACAGGUCGAGGAAGGAGAACACUCCUCAAGGAGCAGAUUGGACAAGACAAGAGUUUUUGGAUGACUGGUAA